UCGUUCUCCUUGCUCCCAUUCAUGCUUGGCAAGAGUCAAGGACGAGUCCAGUGACCUGAACCCGCAUCCGGAGCUCUCAGAGAACGCCCAGCCACCGGAGUCCGGACGGAGACGAUGCCGGAGACCCACCCGCCGCCGCCGAGGCCGGUGAUGCUCGCCGACCUCAACUUCGAGCCGGCGGAGAGCGAUGGCGAGGACCGCCCGCCGACCCCCAGACCCAACCCCGCCGCCGCCGCCGUAGCCGUGCCCGUUGCCUCGGCCCCGGCGGUCGCCGCCGACUCCUCCACGAGAAGUGGCAACGAAGAGGGUGGUUUGGCAAAGAAUGUGACUGCAACGAAGGACUCUGAUACUGUUGAAUGUGAAGAUGCUGAUCAACAUUGCCAAGGGGUUUCCGCUCCGCGUGAGGAGAAAGUUAGCAACCUGAAAGCUGCUUUGGUUCAUGUGGCCCGGAAAAUGCCUAAGAAUGCCCAUGCACAUUUUAUGUUGGGUUUGAUGUAUCAAAGGCUUGGUCAGGCACAGAAGGCUAUAGCAUCAUAUGAAAAGUCGACUGAGAUAUUGUUACAAGAUGAAGAAGAAGUGCGGAGGCCUGAUUUACUCUCAUCAGUGAGGAUACACCAUGCACAGUGCAUUUUGCAAGCAAGCAUGGGUGAUAGUUUUGAUGAAGAGCUUGAAACUGGUGAGGUAGAUGAGAUCCUUGUUAAGUUGAAGAGUUCAGUAGAGUCAGAUCACAGGCAAGCAGCUGUUUGGAAUAUACUAGGCUUAGUUCUUCUUCGGGGUGGUCAAAUACAGAGUGCUAUCUCAGUUCUAUCUUCUCUCGCGGCUGUUGCUCCAGACUACUUGGACUCCCUUGCGAAUCUUGGUGUUGCAUAUGUUCAAAGUGGGGAUCUGGAGCUGUCUGCAAAGUGCUUUCAAGAGCUUCUUCUAAAAGAUCAAAACCACCCAGCUGCUCUGGUGAACUAUGCAGCUCUUCUUCUCUGUAAAUAUGGAUCUUUGUCUGCAGGGGGUAAUGUCAGUGCAGGUCCUUACCUUCAUCAGAAAGAAGCCUUAGCUGUUGCAAAAGACUGCUUACUUGCAGCAGUGAAGGCUGAUCCUAAAGCUGCAUCAGUUUGGGUUAAUCUUGCAAAUGCAUAUUAUAUGGCUGGUGAGCAUAGGAAUUCAAAGAAGUGCUUGGAGCAGGCAGCAAAAUUGGAACCCAAUCAUAUGCCUGCUCGGUAUGCUAUUGCAGUUCACCGUAUCAGAGAUGCUGUCAGGUCACAGUGUACUGACGAUCAACUUCUCUGGGCUGCAAAUGAAAUGGCAACAGUUCUGAAAGAAGGUGACCCUUCAGCAGUUGAUGCCCCAAUCGCAUGGGCUGGCUUGGCAAUGGCUCACAGGGCACAACAUGAAAUUGCAGCCGCCUAUGAUACCGAACACAACAAUCUUAACGACGCAGAAGAACGGGCUCUUUAUACUCUAAAACAGGCAAUCCAAGAGGACCCGGAUGAUGCUGUUCAAUGGCAUCAACUUGGCUUGUACAAUAUUUGCAUGACCCGGUUUAGCAGGUCUGUAAAUUUUCUUAAAGCUGCUUUGGCCCGUUCCCCGGAUUGCAGCUAUGCUUGGUCCAAUCUUGGUAUUGCAUUGCAGCUAUCAGAUGAUCCGUCCUCUGAAACUGUAUAUAAGCGGGCACUGGUACUAUCAUCAACUCAGCAGCUACACGCAAUCUUCUCUAACCUUGGAAUUCUUUAUCGGCAGCAUAGGAACUAUGAAUUUGCAAGAAAGAUGUUAUCAAGGUCGUUGGAACUGUGUCCUGGAUAUGCACCGGCCAACAACAACCUGGGGCUUGUAUUUGUCGCAGAGGGUCGUUGGGAGGAUGCUAGAAGCUGUUUUGAGAAAGCUCUGCAAUCUGAUCCCCUGCUUGAUGCGGCCAAAUCAAACCUGUUGAAAGUCCUUGCGUUGUCUAAGAAACAGUAGAACCAGAGAAGACAAAAAAUGAUCUUCCACUGGAGCUUCAGGAGUUCAUAAACAUGGAAACGCAGUCAUCAAAUAUCUGAUCUGAAAUGUCUCGAGGGCCAGCCAACACAGAUAUGAUGCUUAGUGGCUCUGAAUUGCUCACAGGGCUAGCCGGCUAGGGAGACAGCAGUUGGUCUGACCGAGGUGGGGCUCUUCGUCUGCCAAUCAACAGGUGCAUUGGGCCACAGGCUCAGCAUCAGUCCAGGAAGGGCCCAGAUUUUGAAGUUUGUGUCUUGUGUCUAGUAAAAUUUCGCUGUAACAAGCAUGUAUGCGAACGAUUUGCCACUGCCCGCUGUAUAUAACUCCGAGUAAGUUGAGCAUGCAUGCUAAAUAUCCAUAUUGUUCCGUACAGCAACUUUUGGCUCUGCUCGUGAAAGAAACUCAAUGGGUGCAAUUUUGGGAUUGAA